CAAAAAGAUUGUUCAAUGUCGACUCUUUUCUGCUGCCUUAGCUACUAGUACCUGCCCUGCACGAGCAGAGGCGCGAGGACAGGGGAAAAGUUGAGCUGUUGGGCACCUCAGAUGCAGUCCAAAGUUGGAAGGUCCACUCGUUGGUAUCUCUUGCAGCUGUGUGUUGGGUCUUCUGCUAAGUUUCUGGAUGGAGACUGAUUGAGGUCGGCAUUGCGAGUUUCUAAUUCUUUAUUGUGGUACGAGCCCGUCACGAGUCAGCACGCUGGCAUCGAAGGUCUUCUUGCAUGAAAAGCAGACGCUUCAACCUAUCCCAAGCAUUUAGCGUGACCAAGCAGACUCUUGUGAAAGCAGCACUAUCUGAAGUUCCAUAAGGUUAUUCAUGAAUCAGAUGAUUCCAGGCUGACCAGCUGAUUGCGGACAAUCUGCCAGUCCUAAGUUCAAGCAGAAACAGGGCUAGAUGUACAUUGGCUCAGCUCGUGAGCCCUAAGAGUUGUUCCAUGAACCGUUUGACAAACCAAGCUGAGCUGCAAUAGAAGAUGAACUCCUUUAUAGAUUCUUUGCGCCUGCCACUAGCUGCUGACACUGACGCAAGGGCCCAAGUGUACGAAGCCCUGUUGAGCCACCAGCAAGCUGCUGAUGUCACCAUGGCCAGCGAACCCAUGACCAAGGACCAUCUGCGACAGAUCUUGCCCAGCCUGGUUGCUGACAUCGCUCAUGCAGAUGAAGCGCUCGCAUCUUCUGCCGUCAAGUGCCUGGGCUUCAACCUACACCAGAGCAACUUUGUGUCGAUGGUGGGAGAGGCAAAGGUGAAGGGGGUGGUAGAAGCUUUGGUGGCUCUUGUAACCAAAACAGGCAGCAAGGUCAUCUGCUCCCUUGGCCUCUGGUGCCUGCAAGGCAACUCCUUACCCCCAUGCCUAGUUGCCCCGCACAUGUCAGGCCUUGUCAUGGCUCUGGUACGCGCCAUCGACAACCCCUGGGGCUCCGUGACCUGCGUUUACAAGGCCCAGCUUUUGACUGCGAAACUGGUGCGACAGGUGCCCGCCGAAAUGGAGGCGUAUGCCAGUGUCUGGGGCCCUAAACUUGCUGGGACGCUUUUGAGCGAGGUCAAGCGGGUCAGAGAAACGGGAGAUGAAGUUUUGCGGGAGGCGCAGGCGAUCCUGUUGCAAUCAGAACAGAGCUUGUCCGAAGCGAUCACAGCGAACGUCAAUCCCCAGUAUCUCGCCAGAAUCUUGGCGCUGGCGAGAGCCGCGGGGACGGAGCAGGCAGCCUUGACGGCGUGGUCUUGGCAAGUGCGCCUCAGCGGGGAGCUCUUGAUCACCAAGGACAUGCUCAUCAACAAGUUGCUCCCAGUCCUGGAGUGCACCUUCGGCAGCGCCCUCCCCGCAGUGCGUGAGGCCUCGUUUACCGCGUGGCGCGCGCUCAUCGACGUGCUGACGCAGCCUUACGUCAGCACCAGCAGGGACGCCCAGAACAGCCCCCCUAGCAAGGCCGGCGCCGGGGUCAAGAGCCCAGUCACACCGAAAGCGAGAGAAGGAGGCCACGUGGCACCCUCUGUGCGGCGCCUGAAGCUGCUGAUGACCCCGCUGCUGGCCAACCUGGGGCAGGAGUCCGAGGCACAGGUCCGGCUUGUGUGCAUCCGCACCUGGGAGUACCUCCUCAGACGUCUCGCACAUUGGCUCAAAUCGUCCUCCGUCUUCCAGCUCAUCGCUCAACCAGUGUACAGUGUAAUCCUUGCCCAACCCGGCACCCCCAAAGCGGCGCAGGAGAAAGAUCCAGCUCUGUACCGCAAUGUUCUCGGACAGUUUCUCGCGUUUCUGGGGGUUCCUCACUCGGAAACAAAGCCAUUAAGUACGAACAGUCCAGGAAGAGCUGCUGAGCAGACGGGAGACGCUCGCGGCGGCGAGGAAGCUCUAGAGGUUCCGUGGGACUUGAAGCAGGUUGGCGCCCUCCUAGACAUUCUGGGGCUGGUGCGGGAGCAAGCCGUCCUCGACGGGUCGAUCACCGCUCUAGAGGUUCCCCAGGCUGCGAAGGCCCAGGAAGGAAGGCUAGAAAGUUCCGGCGUUCGCUCCCCGGCCUCGCCACUGCUGCCGCCAGCCAUCUCGGGUGCGGCGGUCGAUGCAUCAGGGCCUAAGGGCCUGGCCGGAAAGCGCGUCGGCGCCCCAGGGCCGGUCACGAACAAGGGACACGUGUCAGCCACGGACGAGGGACACGUGUCAGCAGGAGAGGCCCUGUUGAGCGGGUGGGUCGCGCUUGUGAAGGGCGUCGCGCGGGCGGGCCGCAAACAAAUGCGGCCGUCUGAGGAGCACGUUGCGGCGGUUCGCGGUCUCAUCACUUUCGCAGCGGAGACAAUGUCGCGCGUCGGGAGGGCUGGUGGCCAACCCGUUCCUGCAACGUGGCAGCUCGUGAGGGUUCUAAUGAACGAGCUGACGUCGAUUGUGCUCGCGUCAGUGUCGUACGGCCUCCCAUUGCCCGACGGAUUCGUUUCAGGGGGGGGCCAGAAGGCACAGAGUCCGGACGUUUCUACCCCCGGGGCGAGCAAGGUCGGGGCGGCGGAGCUAUUCACACCGGCGGCGUUCCUUCUGGCCGUAACACUUGCAAACGGAAGUCCGCCCCAGGAAGCGAUUCAGGAACCAGUUCAGCCGGGUCACGAAGAGCUUAAGCCUGCUUACGAGCGUGUUCAGACGUUUGUGGAGCGGGUUAAGGGGCCGGUUAGCGAGCUGGUCGAGCUCAGCUGCGGACGCUUGGACAUCCUGGGCGGCGCGCUGCGGCUCGUCCGCGUCUUGGAGAUUCUGGCGGGCCUUCCGGGGUCCCAAAGUCCGGCUUCCGCGCCCCCGCCCAGGACCGCUGACGUCAUGCUGAUGCUGACGUGGCAGGAAGUCGCGAAGCAGGUGACGCGCUUCGUGGUCCGUUCGAACGACGUCCCGAUCGCACAGAAGGGCGCGGCCGGCCAGGCCGUCUUUGGCGUGCUGCUACUGCCGCUGAGGGUUUUGGGAGUUGGAGGGUUAACGCGCGGGUUAGGAGGGGGGUUCCUCACGACGGAGGGUUUGGAUGCGGCGCUGCGUGAAUGGGCGCUACUGUGGGAGGCGGCUUACCGGGUUACCCAGCUGAAGAAUCUGCAGUCCAACCUGCUGUUCCACGGUUUCUGCAGCCGACUGCUGCGCGUCGUCCGGUCCGACCUCCGAACCGAAGCUUCGCUCCCAGCGCUCUUCAGUCAGGCGCUGUCAGCCUGCCUCUCCACCCUAGUUUCCCACCUGGAAAUCGCGUCCCCCUCCUCCCUCGCCAUGUCAAAAAAACGCCGCCGCGUCAGCAGCGCUCCUCUCAACGGCACCCCCCCAAAAGACGCCCUUUUCUUCCUCGGAAAAACCCUAGACGACCAAAACGGAGUCCAAGACCUCGCCGCAAUCCUCGGACACGCCCUCCAGGUGGCAGCCGCACAUUGGGCGGUGCAUGAGAGUGACGUCAGCGGGCUGAUGUCGGUGCUGACGUCACUUCUCGGGAAGCUGUCGGCCCAGGCCGACGUCCUUUUGGUGCUGCAGCCGCAGCUGUCGCCCGUCGCGGACUGGUUAGCGCUGACCCACUCGUGGAAACCCCCGCCCGUGUCUGGGUCGCAGGCCCCGGACUCCCAACCAACGCAAGACGUUCACCCGGUUCUAAUGUCCUUAACCGCCCUCUGGAACCACCUGCUAACCGCGCUCGAGAAGUGCCACCCGCGGCUGGAGUUUGACUCCCAAACCCUCCUAACCCUGAGCCCCCUUCUCGAGCACUCCAUGGCCCAUUCACACCAGCCCAUCGCUAACCGCGCGCUUUCCUUCUGGGAGAGCACGUUUGCAAAGCCGGGCGGCAGUGGAACGCCGCGAACUGAGGAAUCGAUCAGGGGUAGUCACGCUAAGGUUAGCCAGGGUCGGAGCCAAACCCAGGGCGUCGCGGGGGAGCUUAUUUACCCUGCGGAACUGGUGCCCAUUCUCACCCGCCUCCGGAGCAAGGUGGAUAUCACUUUGCCGGGCUGGAACGCCCCCGACCUGGCGGCCCUGCAGGACGAUGUGAAAAGGCCCCAGGAAGGGAGAUCCGCCCUUGAGCAAUCAGAACAGGGCAGCGGAAAGUGGUCACAUCCUUACCAAGGAGACAGAUCAGCGAUGGGGUUGAACAGAAACGGAGGAGCGGUUAGGAGCAGUGGCGUCGGUUACCAGGGGGGGUUGCUGCCGAGCACCGUACGCCCUUUAGGCGCGGAGCUCAAGGGCUGCCGUGCGGCAGCCGCCGGAGACGGGUCGAAGGCCGCGGAAACUAGAGCGGAGGGUUUGGGAACCGGAGGGGCCAAGUGUUCGGAGGGUGUACCUGGCUUGGGGCAAGGCGCGGCCCUAGAGCCUGCCAAGGAUCCGAACGAGCUUCGGACGUACAACACGAAUGCGGGGGCUGCUGGCGUCACUUCGACGGCCGGUGACGGUUCUGUGGCCACGGCAGCUUCGGAGCAGGUUGCACGCCAAUCAGGCGACCUCAUUGCGGCCCCGGAAGGCGAGGUGGUCGCCCCUGCGGCGAUCGGAAGCGGUAUCCCGAUCCCGCAGGGAGAGAGCGAGGCAGGAAAGGUCCUGAGCCCUUCUCGAGAACCGAGGCGCGAUUUGAACGUUGCUAUAGUUCCGCCAGUUGAGCGGGAGUGCGACACUGCGGAUGCCGGCGGAAAGUCCGCAAACGACAAGCGGACGCCCAAAAGGGAAGACCAGUCGAGUGAAUCCGGAAAGAGAACGGGAGAAGCGCGAGAUCCGGCGCCGGAAGCCGGAAACCGGAGCUCCGGAACUGUGACACGGCCCACGGAGGGCGGGUCGGAAUCCGCUACAAAGCUUGAGGUUGGCGGAGCAGGGGACAAGCGGCGGAAGUCCGAAGGAGCGGAACGGACGCCGGAAAGGGAACGCACAAGACUGGCGGUAGCGGGGCGACCGGGCAGUGCGGAAGCGGCUGGGAAGAAGCGCCGGAAGCUGGGGUUUUUGGAGGACACACAGGAUGGAGACUUUGUGGCGAUUCCGUUUUCUCCAAAGCGUCACAAGGGCCCCUUGACGGAGCGCCAGAGGGAGGCCCGCGCGGAGCAGCAGCAGCAGCGGCGGGGCGUCAGUACGUACACCAAUCUGGACGCCAGCCAGGCGCCCUGGGCGUCCGAAACGCAGGACGAGGAGGAGCCGCCCGUGCAACUAGGGGUGGCGGAAAAGGCGUCGUCGGUCUUCGGGGGUGAGGAAGCGCGGACGGGGUUCGAGAGCCUUCCGACUGGGGCAGGGGUGUCUGGGGCGGCGUUGAUCAGGGGGGGGGUGGAUAUGGAUCCAGAAGAUGCCGGGGGGAGAGGGGCUGGAAAUGAGAAUGGUGACGGCCCGACUGCGCUCCGGGGGGUAGUCAUUGGUGGGGAGAAGGGGGGGGACGACGAGAUGGAGAUAGAUGGGGAGGAAGCAAAAGAGGCGAGCAGCAGUGAGGACAUGCCUAGGGAGGAGAAGGUCCCUUUUUUUGGCGCGGGUGGGGUUCCCGUUAGGGGGGGCUCCACCGAUCAACGGGGUGAGCAUUUGGGGAGCGACAAAAGUGGGGAGACGAAAAAGGAGCUCGAUCGUGAGCCGGCAGUAGGUUUUCAAGUGGAAACGGACGGAGCGGAACACACCGGGACGCCGAAAGCUGACGUCAAAGCGACCGCUGGGCCGUCAGGUAGGCGCGGAGGGUCGCCCAAAGUGGACGAAGCGAGCGGUGUGCAGCCAGGAGUGCCGGCCAGUGACGACCCGACACGUGUCGAGAAGAAAGCGGGCGAGCAGGACGACGGGGGCUGUGCGGUAGCGGUUGGGGUGCAGACGGUUGAGCAGAGGCCCCCGAGUCCGGAAAAGCUCUUCAGACUCUCGAACGAGGGUCCGGUCCGGGGCUCAGGAAACGGAGGAACCGAUCAGAACAGAGCGGAACGGAAUGUCGAGGACAGGUCUCUUGCUGUGGCCGAAGCCGCCAAUGCUGAGGCUCCGCAAAUAUCAGUUCGCGGAAGCGAAGGCGAGGUCCCGCAGAUCCGGCCUUUCGAGAGCACAGCGGUUCUUUCUGCUCCAGUUGAAACGAGAAAAGGGGCCGCUCCGACUGUGGCAGGGACUACUGACAGGGGGCUCGGGAACGGCUCGGUUAAGGAGGGGGUUGCUACCGGGGCGCUUCCGGCUGAAAACGCACCGCUUGAAAGGGAGGACGGAAACGUUCCGGCGUCCGAAGCGGAACGGUCCGAAACGCUGCCCCUGCCGGAGACCCAGGAGGAAACCCCGGACGAGGUGCGGCAACUAGAGCGAGCCGGCGACGCUGGUGCUGAGAAAGCCCUGAAACCCUCAGCCUUGCCACCGGGCGAAGAGGGCCCGGUGGCAUGCGCCGGGGUGAUUCAGGAUUCGGCUGCAGGGAAGGCGCUUGAAACGGGGGCAAACAUGACUAGUUCUAAAAAGGGGGUCAUUAUAGAUACACCCGCAAUUGAGACGGUGCCCAAGACACAGCCCGGGGCUCCGCAAACCCCGCUCAUUAACCCGGCCAUUUCAGCACCGGGGGAACAGCCAGCGCCGGUGCCAACAGCGACCGCUUCCCCUCCUGACGCCCAAACCCCGGGUUACCGAGUAAGCUCUACCGGAUUACCGAGCGCCCUUCCGAGCGCUGGCCCGACCCCCCAAGCAACACUCAACCCGGUUUCAGAAGCGCUCCCCGACCCGCUUCCCGGACCAGCCCCUAACCCGAGCGCCAACCCGAGCGCCAACAAAGCCCAAGAAGCGGGCCCUAACGAGGACUCCAUUCGCGCCAUAAACCCGGCAGUUAAGCAGACCCUUAACCCGGCCACGGAACCCCCGGUUAGCGGCCCGGUUUUCCCGGAGCUGGUGACGAGCGACGCACCGGUGAAGAACGUGCUGAGUAACCUGCCCCGGUCGGCGAGGCAGGUGCUGCUGGCGGGGGCGGUGCGCACGGUGGGCGACUUGGCAGGGAUGGACUGCGGGGAGCUCCGCAAGAGAAUGCCAAUCAGAGCCGCAGUCCAGACCGUGCGCAACGCCCUGCGUGCGUUCCGCGACCGCGAGGAGCGCCGGCGCGCCAACAGCCAGGAAAGCCCGGUCGUCUCGCAGACGCCCACGGACGCCGAUGACGCUCCGCAGCCGUCCGAUUCGGACGCCCGGAUCGACGGCCUAGGUGGCCGCUCGCACAAGAUCGACGGUCAGGACGAUCCUGACGGGCAGAAGAGUUCCCUUCCGGUAAAAGAUGAGGGUCCGGCGGAACCGGAAGUGAGGGUCGCGGAGACUCAGGAGUCAGUGCGCUCUUCGCUGAGAGCGUCGCGGAAGAGAAGUGUACGGGAUGGGUUUGAUUCCGCCCCUGAGGAAGCGACUGGCGAGGAGAGGGGAGAAGGGCAGAGAGAAGGCACGCCGUUGGAAGGGAUGGAAAUGAAGGUUGAGUCUAGGGGGGUGGAUCUUGCACGCGGAAGCGAUCCGCCCACAGGGGUAGAGAACGGGGAGUCUGGAGACGGUGAGCGGAAGAAGCGGUGCCUUGGGCCGAAAGUCGAGCCCAUUCCUGAAGCAGCCGCGAGUGGCGGAAAACCGAUGGUAACGCAGGACGAGACUGGUCGGGAAGCGGCCAGCAAAGCCAGGCAGCAGGACGGAAUUCCAGGGGGGGGCGGAAGAGAGCGGAAUUUGGACAUUGGUGGUGGGAACAUUGUGACUGGGAGUAGAUUGGACGGCGCAGGAACGAAGGUUCCGGCGGAAGGAGACUCCGGGGCGAUUCUACCGGAACAGGCACCGGUCCGUCCUUGCGCCCGUUCCGCCCUUCGGUUGGCGGGGAUCGCGCGCGGGGAAGAGGAGCCGACUGAGAAUGCUACGAUCGGGGGAAAGGAGGUAACGAACGGGCUCGGGAGCGAGCCGAGGAAACUAGGGCUGGGAGGAAUUGGCGAAGUAGCUGCUCCGUUGGACCCGGGGAAUGCGGCCGGGGCCCCUGUGCAGGGGGAGUGUUCCAGGAGUCAGGGGGCUCCGGGGACCGACAGCCGAGAGGUGGCAAUCGUUGCAAAUGCCGACGGCUCACCGGAGCGCCAGCGAGACGCGCAACUCGGCAUUGUCAGCCGCAGCGUUGCGGGAACAGCUUUGGGAAAUAGGGUCAGCGAGAGGGAGCCGGUAGCGCUGGCAGAUAAGGUGCAACAGCUGCUGAUGGAUCCAGAGUGGGAUGCUUUGGAUGUUGUGGGUCUUGUGGAGGCGCAGCUGUUCGUGUCGGAUCUGGGUAGUAAGAUAGCCGCGUGCCUCAGGGCGCGGGCUCCAGACCACUUUUCUAAGAAAUAAACGUCCCUACAGUUUUAUGAGCGUUUGCUGUAGACCUUUUUAACUCGCUGGCGGCAUGCUUGGCUAGCCAGCUAGAGUGUGGACAAGCAAAGACUUGGAAGAAGGGAGUCGGUCAGAGGUUCCAAUCAUUGGUUCGUCCUUGCCUUCAACUUGGAAGAGAGGUGUACAUGUGGUCCUUUGUGGUUCACUUGUGGCGUACGGAUGACCUAGGCAAUGCCUUGCUACAAUUAUGCGGGUCGGCGCGCUGGGCGGUAAUCAAUCUGAACGCAUAUACCAUUAAAAUAGUG